AAUGGAAAUACUUAAGUACAUUACAAAUACAGAUAAAACUGUAAUUUUUUCAGACAUUUCACAAAAUAAUUAGCAUUUAUUUAUUAUUUCAGUGUCGAGUACUCACACACGGUAUCUAAUGAGACAAUCAUGCAGGAAAAAAAACUUCUUUGCGACUUAUGAAAUUUAUGAACCCAUUUUUUACAGCUUCUCUAUAAAGUUCUGUUUUUCUCAUUAAGGACAUUUUUGAGGACUGAGGAAGUAUUUUCUUCUCCCCCCGCCUUCCUUUUGUUCUGCCUUGUGUGACCGUGUUGAUGUUCAUUUGUUCUGCUUGCUCUUGUCUAAUUAAAAGAGGCCGGGACAGGUAGGGCUCUCAGCAGGCUUCUGCUCUGUGCCAGUUCUUCAUUUGCUGAGUGUUUGUGUUUAUGCAAAGGGGGCCUCUUUCUGCAUAUUUAAUCUAGAGCAAGGCACCAGCUUUUGUUGUGUUAAGACCACAUACCUCCAGUCCUCUCAGCAUUGCAGCCUGGACACUAGGUCUUUCUCUCUCUCUCUCUCUCUCUCUCUCUCUCUCUCUCACACACACACACACACACAAACACACUCAACUACCACACACUACUUCAGCUACUCCAUACCUGCUACUUUCACUGGCAGUUUUCUCCUCUUCUCAAGUGGAUUUCAAAACACUCAGUGCUUGGAGGGAAUCUGCAUCAAUGCAUGCACAUGUUUCAUGAACAUGGUGUGAUGAUGUCUGUUUAACUGUUCAUGGGUAAGUCUGUCAAGUGUGUCUUUCCACAUUUUCAUUUUUUUUUUCUCCUCCUCCUCCUCUUCUUGCCUUUUAUGGGACGCCGGUGGAUAUAUGUGUGUGUACAUGUCUAUGCGGGUGUGUUUGUAGGUGUGUUCUGUAAGUGACUUACACAGUUGGAGUUCAGGGUGUAGAGAUGAAGCAAUGGGUUUUACUGGAAGUCCUGAGUAGGAGGUACUACUCCAUGCUACAAACAGUUGUGUGUGUGGAGCUGAAAUGAUUGGGCUGAUUUUUUUAUUGUCUUAGACAACAAUAAACUAAGUAUUUCAGAGUUUUGGACUGACUAUUUUAAUCAGUUAAUCAAGAAAAAAUAUAUGUGAUGCAUUAAUCACAGACAUUGUAGAGCCUGAAUGAUAAAACACAGGGUAUAAAGAAAUUUAUUUUAAAAAUAGGAUUGCAUAGUGCUUGCUGUGUGUUGGCCCUGUACUGUACUGUACAUAUGUGAUCAGGACUGAACAUUUUGACUGUGUUGAUCUAAUUUCACGAACUGCCCCAGCUGUGACAUCUCAGCAGACACAAUAAUUCUCAAAAGUACAGUUUUCUGAUGUUUUUUUUCCUCCUUGAUGGAUCAAUAGAUUAGACUUCCUGAAGGCACAGAGUAGUGUGCACUGGAUAUCAACUAGAUGGAGGACUCUUUGCAUUCAAUGAGCUCAUUUAAAUAGUGUAAAGAAAUGUGUGGCCGUGUUUGUUUUGGGUUAGGAGUGAAAUUCCACUUCCUUGGUAUUAAGGCAGCAAAGCUCCCUGUGUGCACUCUGUGUACUUUGUUCUUAGCUCAGCAAAAUGUGAGGGCAGGUCCAAAGAAUCUGGGGGAUCAGACAGGCCUGACAUUCACCAGACUGCACUGUUGCCUUUUAAGCUUACAGAAAAGAAAAGAGAAUCAGAAAAAAAAACAACGCACCCAGAAUAAGGGCUGGCUGGAUUGAAUUUGGGUUUAAUUGGUGGGUUUUAAGUCUGUUUGCGUGUCAGAAAGUGCUGUUGUUUACAGUCUGUGUGGGUGUUACAAUAUAAUGCCAGGAUCCUGCCAAUCACAUCAAAAAGGGGAAAAAAAAAGUUCUUGUUUUCUCACUUUUUCAAAUGCUGACUUCUUUCGUCUUUUACGAGACUUAGCCGUGUUUUUCAUUUAAUAAGUCCUUCUUAAUAAAAGCUCACAAGAACAGAGGGAGAAAAUAGUGUGCAGUCAGCCCUUUUCGUAGAUCAGAUUGUACAGUAAGCAGCUGCGUUUGUCGAGAAGUGAGUCAUGCUUUAGAUUUCUCUGUGUUUCAGAGCACAGACAGUGACUUGGAAAUUCUCCUGCACACACCCUAAAAACAAACACCAGUGACCCUGUUUAUAGAUAUCACUGACUCUACACAACCCUCCUACGCCCUCUUCUUAUUUACACAAUGCUCUUAAUACAGAUCCACCAGGCUUGAGGAGUGUUAAACAAGGCCACUUUUUUUUUUCAUUCAAGCACACAUAGGCCCUGGCAUGAUAAAUAGAUGCUGUGAAUCUAUUCAGAUGCUGAUACUAAGUGAUCGAAACAUCCCGCAUGAGCUGCAAAGAACCGAGAGACAACUAUGGCAGCCUCCUAUUGACAGCCAUUGAGUUGAGCAUUAAUUAAUAUGGUAAUGAUGUGUGAAGGUUCAUUAACGAGCCGCCACAGAAGUAGCCACAGAUACAGUAUUAAGCGUGCUUAGAGUAAUUAAUGGAAUAACUUUACUUAGUGGUAAAUAUUCAUGGGCCCUCAUCUUUUUGUCUGCACAGUGUGAAGAGAGAGGAGAGCCUGUCCAUUAGAGGAGCUGAAGAGCUUUCCACAGUGAAUGUGGGCCUUUUGUUGCGAUUGGGUGCGUUUCAGUGGAGGGGUAUUAAUUCAUAUUUUGAACAUGCAAUCUUACAACAAAGCCAAAGGCACCGAUAACAUACCUGGGACUAGAGAGCAUAUUGUGAAGCCGUGACCUCCUCACAAAUAGGGAAGUCCACUUCACAGGUUUGUGGACAGAAUAAAAUGAACCUUUGUUCGCGCUUAGAUGUAACCACUGCAGUUCAUUUCCAUAGCAAAAAACCCUUCUGAUUGUCCAUUUCCUCUGAAAAUAGGGUGUUUGUGUGUUUUUUCCCUCCCUCAGUUACAAUGAUGCUUGUGUUAUUUGCAUAGAGACCGGAAAUAUUUAUUUGGAUCAUCCGAUCCUCUAAAGCUAUCGGGCUGACGGUCAUGCUGUCUUUUGCAUACAAGAAUUGUGAAACUAGUUGGAGAUUUCUUUGUCAGAAGUCUUUGUUGUCCUAUUUUCCACUUUGUUUAACACAGCACACCUACAACAUCCUCUCUCGACUUUACAAGGGAACCUUGCAAAAUGCUCCUUAGUUUCCAUUGUCUUUUGAAAUUGUUGCAUUUUGAAUCAUAUUCUCAGCCUAAACCUCUCACUGAGCAUGCACAUAACCCACCUAGGUGGGUAAUUAUCUCAACCAGGAGUUGUUCUAUUCCCUAAAAUCUCAAUGUGGGAGUGUGUGAUGGGCUCGGUUUUCCCAACCGGGUGAAGCAGCAUGUGCUUGUUUAUCCUCACCCUACGUUCUCCGCUCCCCCACUGUUCUAAAUGGCAGUAUUACAGCCUUGUGCUGUUUGAAAUGGAGACAAUUAUCUGUUUAGGCAUUACAAGAUGGGCAUUAUAUUACCAGAGAAAAGGCGUACAGCUGCUAUCAGGAUCCCGUCGUUGCCUUUUUUCUGCAAUACAAAUUUUCCGUCAUUAAAAUGAUAGAACAUUUAUCUAAAUGGAUGUUAUGCGUUGGGUAAACUCAUUUAGCUCCCGGGGCUCUUUCAGGUGAUGGGAAUUAAUGAUGUUUAGUAGUUUGAAACUGAAAAUAUCUGUCAUUUGUCACCUCUCGCCAUUGAUUUACGAUUCCAUUGAUGAUAUGUUAAUUGAAGUGUAAUGAAUCACAAUAAUAGGGUAGUUGUGUGGGAAUGGUCCAUUUUGGAUGAUUGUUCAACUCUCAGUAGGGUUCAGAGCGAGCCGAGUGUUGACUCGUGUUUUCAGCGAGGGCAUUUAACACAUAAUUAAUGUAAAACCGGACAAGUUGGACCAGUGUGUUUUUAUCUGUGCUCAGUCUGCUUUAGAUAAACACUUGCCUGGCCACAGUUUUGACUGCCAAAUGUAAACGGCAAAAAAAAAAAAAAAGAACGGUGGGAGAAGGAGUUGGAGCAUUUUUUUCCUCCUUUCGUAUUUGGAUAUGCUUUAAUGCUUUUAUUCAAAUGCACCUGAGAUAUUGCCCCACAGUCACUUCUCAGUUUACCAUAAAAAUAAGAUUUUGUUUCCUUGUCUCUCCCUCUCUCGCUCUCUCUUUUCCACCUUUCCUUUCCUGGGUUGAGUGCUCAGUUAAGAAAACUGUGUGCAUGCAGAUCAGGGCCACCCAGGGGGAGUUGUGUCAGGGCAGAGCAAGCACAGCUCCACUGUGUUCACCACCAGGGGGGUGGGGAAGCAAGAAGUGCCUCUACUGUCAGCAAUAUGAAAAGUUUUUGUCUUGCAAAUAAACCAUUCCCUCACUUCAAACAGCCCCAUUGUUCAGUUGUUAUCAUCAGUGGGUGUAGUUGUAGUUAACAGACACAUGGAAAUGUGCAUGACGGUGACAAUAGUAGGCUACAGGACGACAAACGAAAGACGCCUUCUGCCCUGCUCUGAGCUGAUAUGGUGACUGUGUGUCCAUAGGAGCAAAGGAAGGGCAAGGAGGCUGUUUUACCACCGCUGGAACUGAAGAUUGCUUUAAAUAAGCAAGUCACUGUAGAAGGUUUUUAAGUCAUGAUGCAAGAAUCUGGGACGGAGGCGACAAGCAACGGACCAGCCAAUCAAAAUGGAGGAGCGAGCGUGGAGAGCGGGUCCAGGGAGUCGCGGCCCAAGAGCGCCACGCCGUCAGUGGAGGUGACUGCAGCUGACCUCCUGCACCUCCAGCAGCACCAGGCCCUCCAAGUGGCUCGGCAGAUUCUCCUCCAGCAGCAGCAGCAGCAGCCCCAGUCACAGCAGCUGCAGUCUCAGCAAAGCGCUGGCCGCAAAUCCCCCAAAGCCAAUGACAAGCAGCAAGCCUUACAGGUUCCAGUUUCAGUGGCUAUGAUGACACCUCAAGUGAUAACUCCACAGCAGAUGCAGCAGAUCCUUCAGCAGCAAGUCCUGAGCCCUCAGCAGCUCCAGGUUCUCCUCCAGCAGCAACAGGCCCUCAUGUUACAGCAGCAGCAACUCCAAGAGUUCUACAAGAAGCAGCAGGAACAGCUCCACCUCCAGCUUUUACAGCAGCAGCAGCAGCAGCAUGCAGGCAGCAAACAGAGUAAAGAGCAGCAGGUGUCAGCACAGCAGUUGGCCUUCCAGCAGCAGCUCCUGCAGGUCCAGCAGGUCCAGCAGCAGCAUCUGCUCAACCUUCAGAGGCAAGGACUGCUCACAAUCCAGCCUGGACAGACCGGCCUGCCCCUGCACUCCCUCACUCAGGGCAUGAUUCCAGCAGAGCUGCAGCAAUUGUGGAAGGAGGUGACAAACGCUCACGUGAAGGAGGAGCACAACAACAGCAGCAACAAUGGCCACCGGGGCCUUGACCUGUCAUCCCCGGCGACGCCAAAAAACACAAUUCUCAACCAGCACGCCUCCACCAACGGGCAGUACAUGAGUCACAAGAGAGAAGGAUCCACACUAGAAGAGCCUUCCCACCACAGUCACCCUCUCUAUGGUCACGGUGUUUGCAAGUGGCCUGGAUGUGAGGCGGUAUUUGAUGAUUUCCAGUCAUUCCUCAAGCAUCUUAACAAUGAGCACGCCCUGGAUGACAGGAGCACGGCCCAGUGUCGGGUGCAAAUGCAGGUCGUACAACAGCUGGAGCUGCAGCUAGCGAAAGACAAAGAGCGUCUGCAAGCUAUGAUGACGCACCUUCAUGUCAAGUCCACGGAGCCCAAAGCCACCCCACAGCCGCUCAACCUGGUGUCCAACGUCACAUUGUCUAAGUCGGCUCCUGAGGCCUCUCCUCCGCUGAGCCUGCCCCAGACCCCCACCACACCCACAGCACCCCUCACACCGCUCUCCCAGACACACUCUGUCAUCACAGCCAACAGCCUCCACAGCGUGGGCCCCAUGCGACGGCGCUACUCGGAAAAGUACAACAUGCCCAUCUCUCCAGACAUCAGUCAGAACAAAGAGUUCUACAUGAAUGCAGACGUCAGACCGCCAUUCACAUACGCUUCAUUAAUAAGACAGGCAAUCCUCGAAUCUCCAGAAAAGCAGCUAACACUAAACGAAAUCUACAACUGGUUCACACGAAUGUUUGCAUAUUUCAGACGCAACGCAGCCACGUGGAAGGGUGCCAUUCGCACCAACCUUUCCCUGCAUAAGUGCUUUGUGAGAGUAGAGGAUGAGUUUGGGUCCUUUUGGACUGUUGAUGAUGAGGAGUUUAAACGCGGCCGCCACGUACAGCGAGGCCGCCCUCGGAAGUACGCCGCUGAUGAGAACUUUGACGAUCUGCUCGUACAAAGUCCAGCCUUAGUGAAGAACAUUCAGACCAGCUUAGGCUAUGGUCCAACCCUCUCUGCUGCCUUCCAGGCUUCAUUGGCAGAAAACAACAUACCUCUAUACACUACUGCUUCCAUUGGAAGUCCCACCCUCAACUCCCUGGCCAACGCCAUCCGUGAGGAGAUGAAUGGAGCAAUGGACCAUGGAAACAGCAACGGCAGUGACAGCAGCCCGGGACGCUCGCCCCUGCCAGCUAUGCAUCACAUCAGCGUUAAGGAGGAACCACUGGACCCGGAAGACCACGAAGGGCCCCUCUCCCUGGUAACGACCGCCAAUCACAGUCCGGAUUUAGAUCACCACAGAGAUUACGAUGACGAUCAGGGCCACGACGACAUGCUGUAAGGCUAGCGCUGCCCCUCCCCGGCCUCAGAGGCAGAGGCAGUCUGGGUCAUCUGGGAGACUGAAACGCUCCGCAGAUAACAAACACUGAACUGCAGUCUCAGCCACUGAAGACAGCGCUCAAAUGUCUCCAAGUUAACUUUUUAGUGCCAUUACAAUACAUAGCAAGAACACACACACACACAUACACACACACACACACACACACACACACAGAACACACCCCACACGAGGGAUUUUCUUUUUCUGAUUACUUUCUACUUUUGAUUCAAGUAAAGCUUAAAAAAAAAAAAGUGAAAACAAACUUCAUUUCUAUUCAUGUGUGGGAUUGGACUUGAUUGGUACGGGGGGGCGACGUGUUCGCGGGCGGAGACCCUCGCCAUGCAGCCAGGACGGACUUGGACAGUCGUGUCUCUCCCCUACCCGCCUUCCCCGCUCUCUCUCCCUCUCCCUCCCUUCCACCCUGAGACACACACACACACACACAUCUGACCACAAACUCGAGAGAGAGGGGGAGAGUGACUGACGUUUAAUUUACACCGUGCGUGAGGGAGAGCGAGUGAGGACUUUAUUGUCACUGCCUUCAACAUGUCUCAUUGGUUUGAUUCCAUCUGGUGGGAGGGAUGUUGUGUUUUUAUUCGGGUGUAUUUUUUGUUGUUGGGGGGGGGUGGGGUCAGGGGAUGAGAGGUUAUAAAAUAUCAGCAUAAUGUGUGUUUUCCAUUCAAUGCUGUUAUUGAUGUUGCAUCUUUGUUUUAUUUCUUUAAACUGAUCAGACCUCAUGCUCAUGCUGUGGAGAUUCUGUGUGGUCAGCACUUGAUGAUGAAUGUUUAUGAUUUCCUUUCAUGUUGUUCUUUCAAACACACACACACACACACACACAUAUGAAGCAGAAUGUCAGAUACCAAGUAGUAUUUUUCUGUCAUUUAUUCCACAAUCUUCAUAAGAAAAAAAUAAAAAAAAUAAAAAGUCACCACUCUGCCCCUCACCCCCUCCUCCCUCUUCCUCCUCCUCCCGCUCCUCCCGCUCAUGAAGUCCAUUGGCAAUGCACUACUCAUAAUGAAGGCUCUCUCCACGCAUCAAUGAAGUUUAAUUUAAGAUGCGAAUGAAUGACAGAGAAAUCAUGCAGGUUAUGAUUUAUCCUUAUGAAAUUACACUUUAAAACAGCCACUCACGGCAGAGCAUGUUGAGCUGCAACAGAAUUUCUGAUCACUUACGAGCUCCGGAUUUUUGGGGGGGUUUUUGUUUUGUUUUGUUUUGUUUUGUUUUGGGGGUUUUUUUUUUAAGGAAAAUGAAAAUGUCAGAUGUGCACCGGCAAAGAUAAUGAUUUAGACCAACUAAUUGUGAUUCCUGAACACAGCUGUCAUUGUUAAUCAAACGCGUCUGCUUCAUUCAGUGCUCGAAGAUAAACGUGCAUUCCCUGUAGUUUUAUUUCUACCACAGCGAGUUUUAAAUUCUUAGUGUUAAUGUUAAAGUUAGUGUUAAUAAUUGCACACUGGAUGUAAUGCUCAUUUUCUUUCAUCAAGGGAAAAAAGUCCCAAGACUUGCAAUAAGACCUAAACAUUGCACAUUCCAGCAUUUGGCAGCGAUCGCAAAGGGCCCAGAGUUACAUUACAUGCCAUUUAGGUAACAUGGAAACCUCGAUGUUCAGUGUCACCCAAAAAGCCAAUAGUUGCAGUCCACAACAUUGAACCGAGUGGAAUCCAUGUUUGGUUUUGUGAUGCAGCAACAACAACAAAAAAAUUCCAGCUUUGAUAGGGAGUCAAAUUUUAAAGAGACCAUGAAUUUCAAGACUGCAAUCAACCACUUUUAAUUGUUUUAUUUAUUGUUGGUAUUAUUAUUAUUUUAUGUUCUAUUUGGUUUUUUUUUUUUUGGUUGUUGAUGUGUUUAAAUAUCUUGUUCUGUGAUUACCAAAGAUUAACUACAAAGUCAAUGUUGUGUGUUCCAUGCAAUAGCAGAUAAGGCCAAAUAUCUCUCCUCCAUUCUGUCCCAUUGGACGAUCCGAGCAGCCGCGAUCGAGCCGGUGGCAGAUCGACUCGAGGGAAGUGCUCCUCAAACUGGUGUUUUCAUUCAUUUUUGUUUCUUUCAUAAAAACCAAAGGGGGUGUCUCGACCAGGACAGCUGCAGUAAUGUUUGCAGUGACCAAAACUGAAUGGGAGGUGCUGACAGUCUGACUACACGAUGACCAAAUUAGGGAAACUUUUUUUUGUCUUUGGGCCAGUGAGUAGAAAAGGGAGCUGUUUUGGUCAGCAGCAGAUCUCUGUGCCACAUAAAGGGUAUGUAGAUAAAGAAAAAGAAAAUAUACUGGUAAAUGGAAAAAGCUUUGCAGAGAACAAUGUGAAACGGAUUCUAUACUUCAACUGGACCACACAAUUCAAUGUUUCUCUUCUUUUAUUCCUUAUUCAUUUGUAUCCUUUGUAAUGAUUGUAUGCCACUUUGUAGGGGUUUCAGCGUCUGUGUUAAGAUUGGCAAGACUUUAUGAUUGUGUUUAGUUUCUGUCAACUUAUUACUUUUUAUAUUAAAAAACACUCCUGUCAACGAAUAAGCUGGGUACAAGGUACUUUAUGGCAGUUAUUGUUAUUAUUAUUAUUAUUACAUUUUAAGUUCACUGCUCAUUAAUUAAAAAAAAAAAAAAAAAAAAGGAAAAGGGCAAUCUGUGGUUUCCAGAAGAUGUAUUUAAUAUCCAGGCAGCUGUGGGACGGGUCAGUUACAGCCAGGCUAAGAUCGUGAGAACAGGGCCGAGCUCCGCAAACCUCCAGUCAUCUGGCUGGUUUGUUUGGUAUUCAAAACGGAGGAAAAGUGCUGGUAGAUUAGGACAUUCUCAGCAUGUGUAGCUUGACAUUACUAAAGAUAACAGCAUGAGAAAACCGUUUGUACGCAUACCUCAGUUCAAACCUAUAGGGAAUGAUUCAAUUAAAUGAGAAAAAAAAUAAACAAACAUUUCACUCAGUUGCACUUAGUUAUAUGUCUUGCAUGUGUAGUCUGAUACUAUAGAGAGAAAAUUUCUAAAAAAACAAACAAAAAAAAAUAGAGAGAGAGACAAAAUGAAAUUAGAGGUGGUUUAUCUUAAAGGUUUCAUCCUUUUGUUGCCAAACCAAUCCAAACCUCAGGCCUUUUGUUCACUGAAAUAUCACCCAGCUGUGUGUGACACCGUUCAUCCCGUCAAAGUCUGUUCUCUGAUGUACUGAUGGGUUGUUUUAAGGGUGUUCCAAUAUUAGGUUGUACAUACAUGUCACUAUAGCCUUUGUCUCUUCCUGUCCACCCCCCUCUCUCCUUCUAUCUCCCUGUCCCUCUCUUUUGAGAUCGGAAAAUACAUUUGUGUUAUGAUGUUUGCUUUAUCGCGACUGCUUUGUAUUAACUAUAAAAUAGCUAUGAGAAAAACUGCUGUAUGUAUUGGAAUAGCAAACUGUGCUGCAGAUGUAUUUUACUUAGUAAUCCUUGCUUUAAAAAGAGAAGAAGAAAAAAAAUAAUCACAUCAUCCACGCAGACAUCUGGGUGAGCUGGGCAGGGGCAGGCUGGGGGGGGAGAUUAUCCCCGAUUUUGGAUUUUAAACUGUAAUAUAGAAAACAGACUUUUCUCUGUUAUCAUUGACCUAAGCAUUUUGUACAGAUUUUUUUCCCUCUUUGUGUUAAACUGUUUUUUGAUACUUCCUUUUGAUGGUCCAACCACUGCCUUCUGUGGCUGUAUGUUAAAGAUUACUGCCCUGAGAAAAGGGCAGACAGGUAUAUCUCCUCUACAAGGCAGAGAUAUCUUGCAUGACUAAUCCCAGGGUCACAGAGAUGGGAGUGUGUGUGGGGAGGGGUGGGGGUAUGGUUUAAGUGGUCAGUAAUAAUAUAAGGGUGUAUCAAUCUAAUGAUAUUUUAUAUGAAAUUAAUAGGAAAAAGAAAAAAUAUGCAGUGCCAAGAUGUAAAGAAUAUUGUUAAAUGCUGUCUUUUUUUGGUUGGAAAAAUUCAUUUCACUCAUGCAUCAAAGAUGUGUCUAAAUCCAUGUCAUGUGGGUAAAACACGUUCUGUUUGGCUUCAAGAAUUUUAUAUUUUUAAUCUCAAGGGUCAUUGUAAAAUGAGUCAAACCAAGCACAGCAGGCAGGUCAAAGGUCAGAUGCUGCUGGAGACUAACGUCCUGCAAACUGCGGCCGUGUGGCAUCAGGUCCCCCAACAUCCCACGCUGGCACUCCAGCUAAGACGCCAUCGUUUCAUCCAUCAGCAACCAUCCAGCCCACUGUCAUUCCGUCCCCCUCUUUCUCCCUCUCUCACACCACACUUUUUUUUUUUUCUUCCAGAUGGAGGGGGAGGGAGGGUAAAGGAGGGGAAGGGGGCAACUGAGGAGCUGUCACGGUGCUCUCAUCCUGCAGCAGCUUUUCUUUCUGUUUCUAUUUUUUAUUUUUCUUUGAAGAUGUACUCUGUAGUUUCUUUUUCCUGCUUUUUUUUUUUUAAAUGGAGAAAUAUUAUUGCUCAUCACUUCCAUCAGUCUGUAACCUCCUCAUCAUUCCUCGUCUGUCUGAUGCAGACCACUCUGUUGUAGUCAGUGGCGACGACUGACGUGAGCAUUCUAAACAUGCAAUAAAAUGCUGGUUGUUCA